AUGUUUGGUGGCAGUUCCAACUCAUCGGGAUCCAAGAUUGAGAGCGAGUCCAAGGCCGAGGGGAGGUCGCCCUCCCCAGAAUCGAGCCCCAACGCCAACGCCGCGACGCCCAUCAAGACCACGGAUCAGGCAGCCAGCGGAGAGAAGCGCAGUGGAAAUGGCAGCCCCCCGGGCCGAAUUGAUAAUGGCGCCUCCACUGACAAGAAGCGAAGGAGCAGCGGCGUCGGAAGCAAAGCAAGCAGCCUGCUGGCCUCGGCCAGGAACUCCCUCAACUUCUCGCAGAGCGGCCGCGGCAAUUCGGAGUUGAGUACGCAAACGCCUCUCCAGAAACUGGGCAAGCAGGAUCCUGCCCUCGCUGUUCCCCAAGGCCAGCACAACAACUCCGCUGGCGAGUCUGCUCCGGGUCCCAAGUCUACGUUCUGCGUCGGCGUGUGGGAGGAUAGAAAUAAGAAAUGCCGACGGACCAUGGAGGACACGCAUGCCUUCCUGUACAAUUUCCUCGACACCUCGGAUAACGGCUAUUUUGCCAUUUUUGAUGGUCAUGCGGGCACUUUUGCUGCGGACUGGUGUGGGAAGAAGCUGCACAUUAUCCUCGAAGAUGUUAUACGAAAGAAUCCCGACGCCGCAGUUCCGGAGCUUUUGGACCAGACCUUUACCACUGUCGACGCCCAGCUCGAGAAGCUGCCUCUGAAGAACAGUGGCUGCACGGCGGCCAUUGCUGUUCUGCGUUGGGAGGACCGUGUGCCCAGCGAUCGAUCCAUCACCGGUUCUGUGCCCAUCGCUCCCGCUGCCGCGGCCGCGGCCAAGGCGGCAUCAAAGUCCUCUCCCGGAUCCCCGCCCAGAAAGGACCAGGAGUCCUCCGCGACUGUUUCCGACAACACCAAUGCGUCAUUUCCUGACACACCGCAUGCAAGGUUAAAGGGGUCUGCCGGUCGGCAACGCGUCCUCUACACGGCCAAUGUUGGGGAUGCACGCAUCAUUCUUUGUCGUGGAGGCAAAGCACUACGGUUGUCGUACGACCACAAAGGCAGUGACGAGAACGAAGGCAAGCGCAUUGCCAACGCGGGCGGUCUGAUUUUGAACAACCGCGUGAACGGCGUGCUGGCGGUUACAAGAGCCCUCGGGGACGCGUACAUGAAGGAUCUCGUCACGGGCCAUCCCUACACGACAGAAACCGUCAUCCAAGCCGACCUCGACGAGUUCAUCAUCAUUGCAUGCGAUGGGCUAUGGGAUGUAUGCAGCGACCAAGAGGCGGUAGAUUUGGUCCGGAAUAUCCAGGAACCCACUGCGGCGUCGAAAUUGCUCGUCGACCACGCACUUAGCCGCUUCAGUACCGACAACCUUUCUUGUAUGAUUGUCCGUUUUGACAUGGAGGCCGCUUUGCAGAGCCAGAAGAAGAGACACGGCAGUGCCGAGUCGGGCGGCUCAGCGGCCAAGGUCAGCGAGGUGGAAAAGAUUGUCAUGGAUACCAAACAAAAAAUUGCGGAUGGCAGCUCCGUGGCUGUGGGUGUCUCGGCCAGCAACAGCGGCCGCGGCUACGAACCCAUCGCUACUGAUGGGGGCGAUUUUGUGCCGACUGCACUCGAUGGUACGGUCGAGGAGGAGCCCGUCGUCAUUGGAGGGGGCGAUGGCCCGGAGGUGACGACUGGGAAGGGUGCCAAGAAGACCGAUCCCGAGCAAGGGACGGAUUCUAGCAAGUCGUGA